GCGGCGGAUCUGGGUCCGCACCUUUUCCGGUAACACAGCCCCGCCACCGCUGUGCCUGACUGAACGGCUGGGAGACACAGGGGAGGAAGACACACUGAGAGCGGCAAGAGUGGGGGAGAAACGGCCUGGGGGACUGGGGAAUGGUCGCCGCGGAUGCAGGGGGAAGAGAAGAAAGUCGGAUGAAUCAAUGACCUUUUGAGCUGUCCUCCUGUGGAAACUCACCGUGAAGGCUCUGAAUUGUCGCCGCCUGUUAGCGCAGAUUAACCGGCGAGCUUUCGAAAUAAGCUAAGUGUGGACAGCCGGCGGCCAAGAAGGAAGUGGGAUCCCCCGGCCUGGCCUGGGCCUGCUCUAUAUUGUCCUCCUCUGGCUCAAAGAACUACUUAAAGCACUAUCUGGGAGGAAAAAGGAGCUGGUAAAGCAAAGCCAGCCCUUAUUUUGUGGGCUUUUCUAGGAAGUGUGUGAUCUAAGCCGACUUUGAGAGAAGGGAAUGUCAUUUUUUCUUCUUACAUUGGAGGAGAGUGGAUCAUUAAAAUAUAUCCCCACCCGAUUCGACAAAAACUCUCCAUGAUCAGUUCUCUGGGAUCACUCAAAUCUAAAUACCUCAAAUCUAGCUUUACUUUUGAGAUUUUUGACACUUGCCUCAACACGUGUGUAGCUUUCAGAUUGAAACUGACUUCUCUGUUGGCGUAAAAACAAACUUCUCUCUGGUUAGUUUUUCUUUUUUCGCCUAAGAGACUAUUUAUGCACAGGAAACAAGAUGGGGAAGAUGCUGUCAAAGAUUUUUGGCAACAAGGAGAUGAGAAUAUUGAUGCUUGGACUUGACGCUGCUGGGAAAACCACCAUCCUGUACAAGCUGAAACUAGGACAGUCGGUCACCACCAUCCCGACGGUGGGCUUCAAUGUGGAGACCGUCACCUAUAAGAACGUGAAGUUCAACGUGUGGGACGUGGGCGGCCAGGACAAGAUCCGGCCGCUCUGGAGACAUUACUACACAGGAACGCAGGGCCUGAUUUUUGUGGUGGACUGCGCCGACAGGGACCGCAUCGACGAGGCCAGGCAGGAGCUCCACAGGAUCAUCAACGACCGGGAGAUGAGGGACGCCAUCAUCCUGAUCUUCGCCAACAAGCAGGACCUCCCGGACGCCAUGAAGCCCCACGAGAUCCAGGAGAAGCUGGGCCUGACCCGGAUCCGGGAUAGGAAUUGGUACGUUCAGCCCUCGUGCGCGACGACAGGGGAUGGACUAUACGAGGGCCUGACCUGGCUUACCUCUAAUUACAAAUCCUAAUGUUUCCUCCACCCACCAGCCUGGACAUUUGGAGACACAAAACGUAGCUGAGAUGAGGAAAGAGAAUUAAAAAAAAAAAUUUAAAAAAGGAUGCAAUCUGAGGCAAACGAUUCAAUUAUCUCUUUGCUUAAUCUGUAUUAGAGGGAGUCGCAAAUGUUUGUUUUUUUCUGAAUAAUUACUUCACUUUAAUCCCAAAUUUUCAGUUAAGCAAAGAAGUAUUUUUGUUUUAUUUUUCUUUAGUUUUCUUUAGUUCUCAGUCUGUGUAAUCAGCACUGUUAAUCCAUACAUCUUACUUUUAUGCUUUUACUGCAUUUGCUUUUGUUUUCGCCUUUGUUGUAUCAUUUCUUUUAGGGGCCCCAACCUGAUUGGCAUGGCCCCCAAACUUAGUUCUGGUUCUGCACUCUCAACACCCAGCUACAUAUCCAAAGGAUGGACAGGGGGGGAGUCUAGAAAUAAUUUCCCUAGAUCAGCAUAUCAAUAUAAAGGAAA